AGACAAGGGACGUGACUGACGAAAGAGGCACAGGUGGCAGUGCUCCCGCGUGCGUCGCGUUGGUCCCGCGUGGCAAUCCGAUUUGAGUGAGCCAGGCAGAAACUCGUCCGCCCCACCCAGCAAGUACCCCUCCCCCGGUCCUCAAGAUGCCGUUCGUCAAAAAGGUCAAGACCGACGCCUACUUCUCGCGCUUCCAGGUGAAGUACCGCCGGCGGAGAGAGGGCAAGACCGACUACUAUGCCCGCAAGCGCCUCGUCACCCAGGCGAAGAACAAGUACAACGCGCCGAAGUACCGCCUCGUUGUCCGCUUCACCAACAAGCAGGUCAUCGUGCAGAUCGUCUACGCGCGUCUGCAGGGUGACUUCGUUCUCGCGGCUGCGACCUCGAAGGAGCUCCCGAGAUACGGCAUCAACCACGGCUUGACCAACUGGACUGCUGCUUACGCCACCGGCCUGCUUGUCGCUCGCCGUGCUUUGACGAAGCUCGGUUUGGCCGACAAGUACGAGGGUGUCACCGAGCCCGAUGGCACGCUCACCAUGACGGAGGCUUUGGACGAGGAGGACGCGCCGCGCCCCUUCAAGGCUUACCUUGAUGUCGGUCUCAAGCGCACUUCCACCGGUUCCCGUGUCUUCGGUGCCAUGAAGGGUGCCAGCGACGGUGGUAUCUUCAUCCCCCACUCCGACAAGCGCUUCCCCGGCUACGACCCGGAGUCGAAGGAGCUUGACGAUGAAGUGCUCAAGAAGUACAUCUACGGCGGUCACGUCGCGGAGUACAUGGAGAGCUUGGAGGAGGAGGAUGACGAGCGCUUCAAGAAGCAGUUCUCUACCUACCUCGAGGACGGUGUCGGCUCCGAGGACAUCGAGGAGAUCUACACGAACGCUUACGCCGCGAUCCGUGAGGACCCGACGUUCAAGCCCACCGAAAAGUCGAAGGACUGGAAGGCGGAGACCCUCAAGUACAAGACCCCUCGCCUCACCUACGAGCAGCGCAAGGAGCGCAUCGCCGAGAAGAUCGAGAAGUUCAAGUCCGGCGAGAUCGAGGUGGACCAGGACGAGGAGUAGACGCUCUUCCCCUCUUAUAUCCUACCGCAUUUCUAUGUUCCUAUGCUCUAUGCACGCAGCAAUGCAUCAGGCCCUAUGUGCACA